CCACGUGGGACACUACCUGGCACUCGGGCAUCGCAUCUCUCUCUCUCUUUCUCUCUUUCUCUCUUUCUCUCUCUCUUGCCCCCAUUGCCUAUGGCGGUCCUUCUUCACCACCUCCAUUCCUAAUCACCAUCAGCACCCUUCAUCUUCACCACAUAUCCCUAUCCUACUCAUUCUCUCUCUCUCUCUCUGCUAGAUCACUAGCUCACUGCACAGCUUUCAAUAAAACCCCCCACAGCUUCUGAUAAACUCUUCCUCCAUAUUCUAUAAUUGUUUUUUUUUUUCUUUCAGAAGAUUCCCUCCUCAGCUUCUCUUUGAGUCCUUUUCAUAUUCGCCAAUUCAGGUACCCAUCAGUUUGUUUCUCUGCCUUUUGGAUUAAUCAGUCUAACUGGGUAUUCGUUUGGGACGUUGGAUCUGUUUUCACAAUCUGGGCUGGUGAGGUUCAUUGUUGUUUUGAUAAAGUUUUGGUUUUUAUUGUGAUUUUCUUCAAUUUGUAGCCAUGGUUGUUGGGAAAUGUGAUGGUUUCUGAGCUUUUAACAAUGGGGAAUUCUUAUCAAUUUGGGUUAGUGAAAUUUGGCCUUUUAAGCUAUAUGAUGUGACAAAUACUCUAUGUGUAAUAAAGGGAUUGUAUAUAAGAGCCAGUUUGAGUCUGAGUCUGAGAAUCCUAUAACAUAUCAGCAACAACAACCUUACCAAUCUGUAUAUUUGAUGAUGGAUAGCCCAACAUCAGCCAUGGGUUCUUCAACCCCUUGUUCGAAUGAUGAAACCACGCGUGUUAAAUUUUUGUGUAGUUUUUUAGGGAGUAUAUUGCCCCGUCCCCAAGACGGGAAGCUCCGGUAUGUGGGCGGGGAGACCCGAAUUGUUUGCGUGGCGAGAGAUAUUAGUUUUGAGGAGUUGAUGGGUAAAAUGAGGGAGCUUUAUGAUGGGGCGGCGGUAUUGAAAUACCAGCAGCCUGAUGAGGAUCUUGAUGCUCUUGUAUCGGUUGUAAAUGAUGAUGAUGUGAUUAACAUGAUGGAAGAGUAUGAUAAGUUGGGUUCGGGUGAUGGGUUCACUAGGCUUAGGAUUUUUCUGUUUUCACAUCCCGAACAAGAGGUUUCGCCCCACUAUGUUGAUGGUGGGGAUGAUAGGGAGACUGAGAGGAGGUAUGUGGAUGCUUUGAAUAAUAUGAAUGAUGGUUCUGAGUUUAGGAAGCAGCAGCAAUCUGAUUCCCCUAGGAUUGGUCCAGUUGAGGAUAUACAUGUUGGGGAGCAGUACUUUAACCCGGUAGGUGUGGAGGGUGGCCUUCAUAGCCAAAGGGCUUCUGAGAUAUCAAUGCUACAGUUUAACUUGCGUCACCUCACGAUUCCUCAUAUGGGAUCUGCACCACACCAGCCUCAGAGGUAUACCGAAAUGGAAGCUCCAUGGAGCCCUGCAUACUAUUCUCCUAGGCAUCCUGGGCACCAUGAUCCAAGACAAUUGGCAGAGUAUCCAUCUUCCCCUUCUUCUGCACGUUACCGUAUGCCAUUGUCUGAUUUAACAGAAAAAGGCUUAGAUAGAAUGCCAGAAGAAUAUUCUCGGCAGCAAGUGAGUCACCAGCCCACGUAUGAACACCAGCCACAAUAUUCUGAAAAUGUUAUGUGGGUGCCAAGUGGAGCUAUAUCAGGUGAUAAGUCUGGUUUUCCUGGUAACAUUUUUCAUGGCCCCAAUGUCGUUGAAGGGAACAGUGUUUGUGAGAAUUGCCGGAUGGCUUUCCAAAGAAAUCAACCGCAUUUGGAGCAUGGGCUUCUCCAGGUCUCUAAUCCAUGUGCUGAGUGUCCCCCAAAUAGAGAGACUUUCAUGCUGAAUACAGAUGCCAAGUCGCACCAUGGGAUUUACCCUAGUGAGCAGAAUCAUGAUCUUCGAUCUGUUUAUAAUGAAGCUCAAAAUCAUGAGAGAGGAUGGAUUCUGCAGAACAAUUUGAAUGCUCGGGUUGAUGAAGUCAGAGUACAUGCAUCUGGAGCUCCAAGAGUGAAUGAUCACUACAUUGGUGAUGGAGCAGGCAUGAAUUUCCCUAUGGGUCAUGGUAAUUUAGCUGAUGGACAUCCUCCUCCAUCAAAUUAUGCUUAUCACCGAGCUGGACCUGAAAUGGGGAAUGAUGUAUUGCAUGACCAAGCUGUGGCUGCUGUACCCCACAUGCACAUACCUCCUCAUGAAGAAAGUGGGAUCCGGUAUGGAAAUUUGCCUUAUGCUUAUGGAGUAGAUAAUCUUUACCCUGUGUCACAUGGAAAUGUACCUGGACAUGCCUUAUGGAGAACUAAUUCGCAGCAUGUUGCUGCCCCUUAUGAAGCAUCCAGUGCACCUCAGCAAGUGAAUGGUACAGCUAAUCCAGGAUUUGUCAGGCCGGAGGGUAGUCCAAGAUUCUGUGUUUGCGUGGACAAUCAUAUUCCUCGGGUAGAGUCCUCACAAAAAAUAUUGGGUUUUGAUGGGUCAGCCAUGCCAGAAUAUUCUUAUAGCCAUUCUUUAAAAUUGAACCCAAACUCAUUCAGUAAGGAAAGUCUCUAUUCAUCUCGACCCCAGCCUGAGAUGGUCAACUUUGCCACCCCCUUGGGACCUGUGCCACCAUCAGAUUCAUCUUCAACUUUGAUUCAUGAUAAAGUGGUUUCUUCAUUAGCUCCUGGUUACAAUCCUGAUUCAAGAAAGGAUACCAGUAUCACUGAAGUGGCAAGGUUGGAUGGGAAAAGUAUAAUUGGAGAAGAAAAAGAGGCAAAUCAAAUAGAAAAAGUUGAGAACUCUGAAUUGCAGAAUAUUUCUCAUCUAGAGCAAAUGAAAAUUGAUAAUAACAACUGUCCGGAGACUUCUCUCGGUUCUACCAAUUCAGUCUGCUUGAAGCCUGCAGAAGAGAGUGGUGCGAAACUGGGUGAAAAAGUCAUUUCUGCACCUCCUGAAGAUUCAAAGCUUUCAGCUGGACAUUUGAAUUUCUUACCUGAGUUGAUUGCUUCUGUGAAGAGGGCAGCAUUAGAAGAAGCUGAAGAGGUCAAAGUGAAAGUCGAAGAAUGUGCUGACCUUAAAGAAGCAACUGGAAAGGAAAUAGAAUCAGCGAAUGCUCAUGGGGAUCAAGAGUUGGAUUUUGAUAAUGACAAUGUGGAUACCUCCAAGAUCGAGCCAACAAAAGCGGAGGCAGAAGCUCUUGACAGGGGAUUACAGUCAAUAAAGAAUGAUGAUCUAGAGGAAAUCCGGGAAUUAGGUUCUGGAACGUAUGGGGCUGUUUAUCAUGGGAAAUGGAAGGGUUCUGAUGUGGCAGUAAAGAGAAUAAAAGCCAGUUGUUUUGCGGGGAGACCUUCUGAAAGGGAACGUUUGAUUGCGGAUUUCUGGAAGGAGGCUUUGAUAUUGAGUUCAUUACAUCAUCCAAAUGUUGUUUCUUUCUAUGGAAUUGUUCGUGAUGGUCCUGAUGGAUCUUUAGCAACUGUGACAGAGUUCAUGGUUAAUGGAUCUUUAAAACAGUUUUUGCAGAAGAAAGACAGGACUAUUGAUCGUCGUAAGAGACUCAUCAUAGCUAUGGAUGCUGCAUUUGGGAUGGAGUAUUUGCAUGGAAAGAACAUUGUACAUUUUGAUUUGAAAUGCGAAAAUUUGUUGGUGAAUAUGAGAGAUCCACAGCGUCCUGUGUGCAAGAUUGGUGAUUUGGGCUUAUCAAAGGUAAAACAGCACACUUUAGUGUCAGGAGGUGUCCGUGGAACUUUACCUUGGAUGGCACCUGAGCUUCUCAGUGGGAAAAGCCAUAUGGUGACAGAGAAGAUUGAUGUUUACUCGUUUGGGAUUGUUAUGUGGGAGUUACUCACGGGUGAUGAGCCUUAUGCAGAUCUGCAUUGCGCUUCCAUAAUUGGUGGAAUUGUAAACAACACAUUGCGCCCACAAAGUCCAACAUGGUGUGAUCCUGAAUGGAAGUCUCUGAUGGAAAGUUGUUGGGCUUCUGAUCCAGCAGCUAGGCCAUCGUUUUCGGAAAUCUCUCAGAAGCUGAGGAAUAUGGCUGCAGCGAUGAAUGUGAGAUAAAUCCAAUCUUGAAGAAGUAGGUUUCACUUCUUGCCUCGUAUGUUGAGCAAGAAUUUAAGAAAGAGGAAAAUAAAAUGAAGCAUAGACUUUGCACUAUAAAGCACCCUACUGGUUUCUAAAGUAUACGCAGGCUAGUUGUGUAAUUUUAUGCCUUGGUUCAUUUUUGACAAACCUUUUCUAGUACUGCAGUGAGAACGGUAUUUAUUCUUUAUAGAGUGCAAUUUAAGCUCUCAGAAUGGGUUCUGCCAGCAGAAGAUUUCAUUUUACCCCAAGGAGAGCUUGGACUGCAUGAUUAAAAUGAUGGCAUUGCUGAUACAUGUUCUAUUAUUAUUGGAGGCUGGACUCAGCUUUUUGGAUGGAUGUUUAUAUAUAUGAAUGGUAAUCGCAGUAUUAUAAGCUUUAUCUUUAGAAAAUAGUGAUGCAUAUACUGCUGUAACUCUGAUGAAACAGGAAACUAACUUGUUAUGGUUAAGUUUCUCUCUCUAUCCUUUUUGUUGUUAUCUUGUUAUAUGAAAUUUUACACCUAGAGAUUUGAUACCUAUAUGUGCCAAAUAUACUUUGGCUAUUGGAGAUGUAAAAGAGUAUAGUAUAUGAUUAUUUUUUUAAGGAACUCCUUGCCUUUUCUAUU